AGACAGUCCAGCUGCUUCUGCUGGCCCGCGGCCACGGGAUCCUUCUCCAAGAUGGCGCUAGUGGAACAGGCGAACAACGCCCCGGCCGAGAACUGCCAUCGUCUGGUGAUCCUCGGCUCGUCCAAGGUCGGAAAGACCUCCAUAGUGGCGAGGUUCCUGUACAACAAGUUCGACGACAAGUACACCCCGACCAUCGAGGACUUCCACAGGAAGAUCUACAGGAUCAAGGGCAAUGCCUAUCGGUUGGAUAUCCUCGACACUUCCGGUAACCACCCGUUUCCGGCGAUGAGAAGGUUGUCGUUAAUUACAGGCGACCUCUUCAUCCUCGUGUAUAGCAUAGACAACCGCGAGAGUUUCGAGGAGGUACGCCGUCUGCUCGACCAGAUCGUCGAGUGCAAGAGUCAGUGCCGCAGUGUCAAGGACGUCAAGCUGCUCAACGUGCCUAUCAUGAUCGUCGGCAACAAGUGUGACGUGGAGAAGGACCGCGUCAUACACCAGUAUGACGUCACCAACCUGCUGGAGGGACGCCUGAACACCGCCUCCAUCGAGUGCUCGGCCAAGAAGAACGUGAACAUUGAGGACGUUUUUGUGCGACUCUUCCACACGGCAAAGCUGCCUUCCGAGAUGAGUCCCUCGCUGCACCGCAAAGUCCAUCCGCAGUACGUGGGCAAGGGCAGCUCCCCCACGGGCGGGCGGGUCAUGUCGAUACGGAGAAAGACGAGUGAUGCGUGCGGAGCCGUGGCCCCCAACGCCCGCCGGCCCAGCAUCAGAACCGACCUGUUGGUCGCUCAGAGCAGGACAAACUCCAGCACGUCUCCCGAUGACGACCCUAGAGACGCGAAGUGUGUUAUUCAGUGACUUAAAUUCAAGGGAUACGACAUGCGUCAUUCAGUGACUUAAAUUCAAGGGAUACUACAUGCGUCAUUCAGUGAUUGUAAUUUUAAAGGACACGAGACGCGAAAUUUGUCAUUUAGUGAUUUAGUUUCAAGAGACGUGAAAUGUUCUGUGACUUUAUAUCAAAAGACGCGAAAUGUGUCAUUCAGUGACGUAGCUUCGAGAUACGCAAAAUGCCUCAUUUAGUGACUUAAUCAAUUACAAGACACGUAUAAUGCCUCUUUUCGGUGACUUAAUUAUUUACAAGACAUGUACAAUACCUCUUUCAGUGACAUAACUUCAAGGAUAUGGUUAUGAAUAUGAUCUUGUAUUCAGAAACAAAGUUUAUUGGCCGAUUAUAAAAGUGCGUUUAAGUCAUGGGACCGACUGUAAUCAUAUAUCGAGUUAUGAAUGUCUUAAUGUCUUAUUUUUAAGACCUAUUGGAGUGGUUCGGCCGACACUAAAUUCCUUAUCCGGUAACAUAAAUCCAACGACAUGGCUUUGACAUUGUGUUUGCAGACAAAUGUAUUGGCCAUGGGUUAUGCUAAAAGUAUAUAUAUCAAGAAAUCCAGAACCAUAUCGGCGUACCGGCUUUUUAAUUGUAAAUUGUGUAUGUUGUAAUUAUUAUAUAACUCGGUGGAUUGAUUGUAGGGAUAUUCAUUUCGUCAUUGACAUAGAUGUAAGGGUCACACUUUCAUGUAUUGGUAUUGGACAAAAGAAUAAUGGAAAUUGUAUCUUGACUGAUCCAAGUCACAACAGGGUGUUCUUAAUGACUCACUUAGCCUCAAGGAUCUGUUUACUGAACAACUUUUGGUCAUGGAAAGGAUAUGAGAUACACUGUGUUACUCAAAUAUGAAUUUAGACUAGUGUGCCAUCUUGGUUUUUGUUCACAGGGGCGGAAUUUUGUCAAAGUGUUUUUGUUUGAUGUUGGAAACAUAUUUAAGACGUUUUGUACAAUGGCAAAAUGUUUGGACUGUAUGUUUUUGCUAUCGCAAAUAUAUCCGUAGUCCGUAGUGUCAAAAUGAUCGUAUAGACUAAGUAAGUUCGUGCUAAGCGCUAUACGAAUUUAGAUAAUCAGACUAAAAUUGCAUUUGUGCCACGACGAAAACGUCUAUAUGCCAAAACUGCCAUAAUUACAUUAUGGUCAAACCAAUCUGGUCCCAUUGGUCAACUGGUAAAAGGGAUUUAACUUCGUUAAAACUGACAUUUACUGUUAGCGUCACGAAGGCGCUAUAUAAUAUUUUAGACGCUGUAUUAUUUGACUUUGUUUUAUAACAAUUCAUGAUGUAUUUUCUGAUAAGAAAAAGCAUGAUAUUUUGUAUUAUUGAAAUUUUUAACGAUACAUGUUUGUACUGUAUGUGUAAUGUUGCCAGACACGUGGUAACGAUAGUGACAUAUUGUCACUUAAAGAUCGGGUCGCACGGCAGUUCGUCUUCAAAAUAUUGCCUUUAAGGCCAUUGUAAAUUAAAUGCUAGAUUUUCAAAACGUGGACGCGGGCUGAAUUUUGGUUAUAUUUAUAUAUAUAUUUUUUGAGGAAAUUGGAAAUAACGCACAUCGAAUAAAAUAAAAAAGAAGUAUUAUUUUACCACUAUUUCAUUUAUUUAUUUAUUUAUUUAUAUUUACGUUUAUUAUUAUUAUUAUUAUUAUUAUUAUUAUUAUUAUUGCCAAUGAAAGAAAUAAAAACGGGGAUGGGCCUUUAUUUUCGGGGCAAGCUGGCAUGAAAAUCUAGGGUUUAUUUGUAAUGGUUAAGUUACAUCCAUAUAAGUUCUCCCGAAAAUUACAUUAUUCAACCAGCUAAGUCGUCAUAUUCUAUUGUUGUGGAUAUUUCAGUAUAUAAUUGAAUUAUAGCUACGUAGCUAUAAUUUUUUUUUUAAAUAACUGUUAAUUUUUAGUUGACGAUUGCUGUUUAAAAUGUUAUCAAAAUGUGUUAUGAUAACAUGUUAGCUGAAGAGGAACGUCUACGUACUGUAUAUUUCAUAACACGUAAUUCAUUUCAUUUAUUCUUAUUUUCGUGCACAUAUUCAAUUAAGGUUCAAGUACACUGUCCUGGACACACAGCUAUCUGGGCUGUUUGAGGGUUAGUGGUUAGUGAGAGAGAAGUCGGUGUACUGGUCGUACACCUACCUUUAAGGUGUACGUGUAUUCGGCUAUUUGUGUUUUCAUAUCGGUUGUUCAACAUAUCUCUCCAGUAGCUGAAACAUUGAAAUGAUUCUCAGUGGCUGUGUUUUACAGAGUUACCGUGCAUUAAGGAAAGACUCCACCCAUUGGUUGGUGUGUUACAGUUGCAGACCCAAGUUUUAGCGUCUGAAAAAGGACACUAACUUCGGUUUUUCUACAAACCUGCAACACAUUUGGAUACAUUUACGAUAGAGUUAAAUAGGAGUCUGUGACAUUAAAACGGGGAAAUACCCUUCAAAAAUAGAACCUGGCCCGUGCUUAUAAAACUUUUAAGAGUCCAGACUCAAUGUCUAAUGACGUCACACGCAUACCAUUUGUAUGGUGUUGUCAUGACAUUGGUGUCUCAGACUCUCUUAGAGUCUCGAGUCUAGACUCUACCAGUUUUAUAAGCACCAGGCCAGAGCUCCUCUUCAUAAUCGUUACUUCUUAGACGUUCUUAGACGUUUUUAAAAUAAAAAAGAAAGAAAUGUUUUAUUUAACGACGCACUCAACACAUUUUAUUUACGGUUAUAUGGCAUCAGACUUAUGGUUAAGGACCACACAGAGUUUGAGAGG